CUCUCCUCCUUUUUCAUCGCUAUUUCUUGUUGAGACAGACAAGUUUUCUAAGCGUCGAGCCAGCUGCAAGCAAUUAAACGAUUUUGGAUAAAAGGAAUAUUAUCAAUGGCCUCACUGGAUGGACUCUCUAUCGAUCUCUUGCAACUAAUCCUUGAAAAGAUAGAUAAUCACAGAGACAGCCUUCAGUUUGGUUCUGUUUGUAGGCAAUUCCGCUCCAUUAUCUACGAUAACCUUCACUUGCUUCCGCCUAAAUUACCCUUCUGCCUCUGUGCCCAUCCUAGCAAACCCCCUCCCCUACCAUUGCUAAUGCAAUGUCUUGAUGAUGAGACGGAAAACAUCAGCUUUUUUUCUAUUUCAGAUGGAAGAAAUCAUGGAGAGUUUAUUGUGCCUGAAAUAAGAAACAAGUGGAUUGUUGGAUCCUCUUACGGUUGGUUGUUCACAGUGGAUAUCCAUGGCCGAGACAUUCAGCUUUUGAAUCCAUUAACAAGGGCCCAAGUCAAUCUCCCAUCUCUAGAUGCAUUCCAACACCCUGAUGGUGGUUUCACAAGCGGUGAAUUCAAUGAUUUUGGGUUCGUAGAAAAGGCUGUUAUAUUGUCUGAUCCUUCAAACAAGGGAAGAAAUUUGGAGGGUAAUGAUGAUUGCAUAUUAGCCGUGGCAAUCAUAUCCAAUUUACGCGUGCUAUCAUUUUGUAGGAUUGGAGAUGACAAGUGGACUAAUGCGGAGGGUUCUCUGACUCACCUCCAAGAUGUUAUCUAUUACGAGGGUCAAAUUUAUGGUAUUAAUUAUAUGGGGAUAGCCGUUGUUUACGAUAUUGCAGGUGAUAAAAAGAUGAAACAAAUUGCGAAUGCACCAGACCAGUUGUUUGUUGUCGACAGAUAUCUUGUUGAGUCGACAAAUGGUGACCUCCUGCAAGUUGUGAGAGAGAUCGAUUACAGAUAUGAUGGAGAUGUUGGAAAGACGAGUGAGUUUUAUAUAUACAAGCUUGAAUCUGUUGAUGAGCCAAUCGUGCCUGCUGAAGACAAUUUCUACCUCACCGUCAAUGAGAGAGUCCCAAUUAGAUACAAAUUCAACUUUAAAUGGGUCGAUAUGGAAAGCUUGGGUGAUCAAGCUUUAUUUUUGGGUCAAAACUAUUCGCUUUGUGUACGAGCAGCAGAACAUGAAGGAUGCAAGCCAAAUUGCAUAUAUUUUACGGAGCAUGGGUCGGGGCAUAGAUGCAUUGCGCGGGGUAAUUGUAAAUCAGAAGAUAUCGAUAAGUAUUCAAUUUGUGACAUGGGCACAUAUGACUUGGGAGACGAAAGCUUUCAAGAUUUUAGCCAAGUAAAUGCCAAGCGCUUAGUUCCGCCUAUUUGGAUCUCACCAAAUCCGUGGUAGAUGGAUUUAGUUGCGUUCAAUGUUUUAUUUUUGCUGCCCUUUGUA